AUGGGUGAUGGGCAUGCUCAUGACUGGACAAUACCUUUACUGCUCAUGCUCUCCAAGUUGGACAACAUGUGGCAUGCACCCGAAAGUAAGGUGCUGGACAACCAGAGGAUGCUCCUCUUGAGCCCUGGCACAGUGGGACGCGGCCCGUCCACCAAGCGGGAAGGACUCUUCCGAAGAUGUAAAGCAGGUCCUGCCACGCACACUGGCGACUGGCAGUUGUUGCCGGGAUGCAGCAAUCAAGUGCGCUGCCUGCCGCACCUUGGUGUUAUCCUCAGGAUUGGUAUGGGUGAGGGCCAGGGAACUUUUUCGGACCCUCGAAACACUGCAACUGCGGGCACACACAAGCAUUGCGUGGGUGCGCAACAUCGUGCCAAAACUGGCCCAGCUCACUCCUGA